GACAGCUCAGACCACGUGAUCAGUUGAGCACCCCUUUCAGCUUGGCGUGGACAGACAAAGAAGAAGACAAAUAUGCCCGGCUUUGGAGGUGGAUUUGGUGGCGGUCGCGGAGGAGGUCGAGGUGGUGGUAUGGGAGGUCGCGGUAGAGGAAGAAAUCAAGGUGGUGACCCAGAUGACCCUGAAGCAGAACAGUACAGGAAGCUGUUUAUUGGAGGUCUGAGUUAUGAGACCACCGACUCAACACUUAAAUCCUACUUUGAAAAGUGGGGAACAAUUACAGACUGUGUUGUCAUGACAGAUCCUCAAACAAAAAGAUCAAGGGGUUUUGGUUUCAUCACAUAUGAAAAAGUAGCCAUGCUUGAUGAAUGCCAGGCUAACAGACCACACAAAAUUGAUGGCAGAGAAGUUGAAACAAAGAGAGCCAUGCCUCGUGAGGAGUCAGGAAGAUCGGAAUCUCAGAAAUCCAAUGAAAAAAUGUUUGUUGGAGGCCUUCGUGACACAACAACAGAAGACGAUGUGAGGGAAGCAUUCCAGGAGUACGGAAACAUCAAAAACAUUGAACUCAUCAAAGACAAAGCAACAAACAAGACCAGGGGAUUCUGUUUUGUCACUUUUGAUGACUAUGACCCCGUCGACAAAUGUGUUUUAAAAAAGAGGUUCAAAAUCUGUGACAAAGAUGUUGAAGUAAAGAAAGCUGAAAACAAAAAUGAAGGUGGAGGUCGCGGUGGCGGACCAGGUGGUCGUGGUGGUCGCGGGGGCGGACCUGGUGGUGGAUGGAACCAGGGAGGUUUUAACCAAGGAUUUAACCAAGGAGGUCCCUGGGGUCCCGGAGGUGGAAAUAUGGGUGGUGAUGGCGGCUAUCAGGGUGGCUACGGUGGAGGUGGCGGAGGAUAUGGUGGUGGUUAUGGCAAUAACCAGGGUGGUAACUGGGGUGGAAACCAGGGAGGCUACAAUGAAGGAUACGGAGGUGGAUAUGGAGGAGGACAAGGUGGAGACUGGGGUGGAAACCAACAGUUUGGAACUGGCUACCAAAACAACUUUGGUGGUGGUGUAAUGAAGGGCGGUGGCUAUGGACAGAGAGGUCAGGGCCCGUAUGGAGGAGGUCCUGGAGGUUAUGGCGGCGGUGGCUAUGGUGGUGGUGGAGGAGGUGGCGGCGGCGGUGGUUAUGGUGGAAACCGUCGUUGAUCAUAUCUCUCAUCAUAUUGUGUAUCACUGCAGGGUAUAAGUGUGAUAAAUCCAGAGGAAAUAUUAGGAAGCAAACUGGAAUAUAAUUGUAGCCAUCAGGAAUAUAUUCUGCCCUAGACCAGAGUGUCCAGCUAAAUAAGUGAUUUGUUAUCAUGGGAUUAAGCAGCUUAAGCUCACAGGAUUUUAUUCUCAGCGCAAAUGGAAGAAAACCCUUAACACCAGACUACUAAAUAGAUGUUAGUCAAAAGCUAUACUCCCAUAGCUUUAGCAUAGUGAUAAAAUUAUGAACCUGGAGAUAUGAAGGAAUAACACAAUCCUGGUAUUAGAAACAGUCUAAGUAGAAGAAAUUUCUCAUCUAAGUAGUGAAGUCUGUUACAAUCCACUUUGUCAUUAUCAAGGCAGCUCACAAACUUAAGUUUGCAUAGCUAAUGAUUCCUUUCAUCAGCAGAGCUCACAGUCUAGAGGGAAAUUUCUGUCAAAAAGAAAAGUUUAUACCCUCAGUGAUACACAUUUUAUUAUGUCUUUUAUUAAAAUCGUCUUUUGAUAUGUCACCGAUCAUUUCUUUAAAAGAAGUGGUAUAUGUUGUCUUCAUUUUGUCAUUUUAUUGUCCUAUCAUGAGUUGAUUGUGAGAACUAAAAUAAAUAAGAAAUUUUAUAUACAA